ACUGGGCAUUUUAGUCGCUAGUGAGCAAAAAAAAACUGAGACACAGUACAGAGGAAAAGAGUGGCACAAACACUGUUAUGAGUGUGUGGGACUCUUUCAAAGAGAAAAACCCCACAAAACAAAGAAACCAGAAUCAUCAUCAGCAUAAAACCUUGAAUUCUUUCCUUUUCUUGUUUCUCUGGGAGAGGAGUUUUCCUUUGUGAAAACAGAGAAGGGGGUUGACACUGAGGAUUUAUGUCGUCUGGAUUUGAUAUCUUGAAGGGAGCUCCGAAGAAGCUCUUGAUUUGUUCUGAUCACUCUCUCGUUCAUAAAGUCUCCACCUUUUGCAUGCAGUUUUGGGCUCACAGUCAAAGCUCCCCUGUUUCUUACAGGCUGUUUCGAUCAAAGAGGAAUUGUUCUGGAGUGAAGUGCUCUGGGUACUAUUUCAGACCGCAAUUUUCAUAUUCACUGUGUUUCAGGGUUUUGGGUAUUUCUUGAUACUCAAUUUUUUUUGCAAGUUUGGGUUUUUGCAGCUUCAUUUGGGGUUUAGCAUUUAGAUUUUAAAAAUGCCGGGGAUUAGAACCCAAGUCUUGAAUCAAGAUGUGUGUUAUAAGAAACUGAUGGCAAAGCAACCAAGAAAAGAAGAGGAUACAAGUUUCAAGAAGAAAGUUCGAAUUAUGUACACUGAUCCCUAUGCUACUGAUUCUUCGAGUGAAGAUGAUGAGCAAUGUAAUGCUACUGAGUAUCAAUCUGUGCCCAGAAAGAAGGUAUUUGUUUCGGAGAUUGUGGUUGGUGGCAUGCAAGAUGAAUCAUGUGUGUCUGGAGGUAGAAUUGGUAAUACCAAUAAAUCUGAUGGCAGUAAGAAAAAUCAUAGAUCCUAUUCUGUAUAUAAGGGAGUUCGGCGUAGAAAAUGGGGUAAAUAUGCUGCAGAGAUUCGUGAUCCGUUUCGAGGGGUACGGGAGUGGAUUGGCACUUUUGAUACUGCAGAGGAGGCUUCUGUUGCUUAUCAAAAUAGGAGGCUUCUGUUUGAUAACAUGAAGUUAGAGUUAAAGAGAAAGACUGAAUAUAAGGACUUGCAAUUAUCAAAUGAGGCGUUUAAAAGUUCUCAUUUAACAGUUGAGAGCAAUCAUCAGUAUGAGUGUCAAAGCUUUCAUUUAUUGAGGGAGAGUCGGGAUUCAUCAGUAGCUGCUGCUGCUAAUGAAACCUUUUCAUAUGAAGAGACCGCAAGUUUGUUUUGUCAUCCAUCACCAUCAUCUGUGCUUGAUAUACCUCCUAGUAAAGCUGCACUUGGUAUUCGACUCUUCAAUGGGGAGGUUUUUCAGCCAGAAGGCUCUGUGCAACCGCUUUCCAAAGAAGAGCUAUCCAAUUUGAAAUUUCCUGAAGUGCCAAUAUCAUCAGCAAUAAGUGCUGAAGAAGGCUACGUGCGACCACUUUCUGAAGAAGAGCUAUCCGUUUUGAAAUUUCCUGAAGUGCCAAUAUCAUCAGCAAUAAUUGCUGAAGAAGGCUCUGUUCAACCGCUUUCUGAAGAAGAGCAUUUCAAUUUGAAAUUUACUCAAGUGCCAAUAUUGUCACCAAUAAGAACCGAAGUUUGGGGAUUUAUGAAUUUGGGAUUUGUAGACAAUGACAUAUUUGAUGGUUUGGAUCAGUUGUUUGUUGGUAGGAGUGACAUAGUUGAUCUUCCUGUGCAUCGUCAUGGAAAUGGUGAGAAUAUCAGUCUUCCUCCUAGUAAGUUUCUAAUGAGUGACUUGGCAGGGUUUUACUGGGAUUGAUUAAAGCCAGAUCACAGUACUCGUAAAGUUUUGUAGCUAGGAAUUACUAGUAGAUGCAUGUUUAUAUUCAGUACAUGUCUCAAAAAAAAAAAAGGCUUUGGAAAUGUUUGAGCAGUUUUGACUUUUGAGGCUAUCGGUAUCUUUGUUAUGAACAUAUGAAAGUGCUCUUGUGUC